AUGUUACACGCAUAUAUAGUUUAUGCAGGCGCAAGAUUACGGCAUCAGUCUAUUAUUCCAAAUCAGUCUUCUUUUGAAACAGGCCUAGCAGAACUUAAUUUUGCUAAAGCCAAUAGUUUACCUUCAGAGAAUGAUGUAAACUUGUUAUUUGAUAAUAUGCUUGAACGUCGUGGCAUUCAUGAUCCAAAUCUUAAACAAUGCAUGGAAAAUUGGGGAAUUGAAAAGAAAUGGCUCUUGGUAAACCAAGAUCAUCAAUCAGAGCUAUUAGCCUCUGGAAUAAAACAUGAUUAUCUCCAAAAUGCUAUGGUAGAAAGAACAAGCAAUGACAUUAACCGAUUACCUACCCAUCAACCCAAUUUUAAUCAUCCAUCGUCAAAAUCCACUACUCAACAACAACAGGAAGGACCAGCUCCAACCAAGUCCGACUUUCCACCUAGUCAUAAUUCACUUACAAGUAAUACGACUGACUCUAAUAGUAGUACAAAUCUAAGUUUACCGAGUCCAACAACAACAGCUAGGAGGUCACCUACACCUACACGUAGACUUUCUGAAAGUAUUUCUUUACCGCCAACGACGAACCUAUUUCAUAAUGACCAUUAUUUUGAUACUCAAACUAUGGAACAAAAUUCACCCGAAUUCUUUGUUAAAAAGUUUUUGGAUCCUAAUUUACGAUCAGUGACACCCAAGAUUGCAGCCAAUCUUGAAGUAAGCUUGAGAACAAGGUCAAUUGACUGGGUUGUUAAAUUUAUACAUUUGAAAGGCUUUCAUGUGAUAUCUUAUGCGCUUGACUAUUUAAAUCAUAAUUCAGAAUCUAGAAGAGAUGUCGCAUUAGGAUUAGAAAUAGAACUUAUAAAAUGUAUCAAAGCUAUUGUUAAUACAAAAGUAGGCGGAAAAGAAGCAAUGGAUCAUCCAGAAUAUAUUCAUACAGUGGUUUUUUCGAUUCUUUGUCCUUAUUGGCAAACAAGAAAAAUGGUUUGUGAACUAUUAGCGUUCUUAUGUUAUUCAGAUGGAUAUGAACAUGUUGUUCGAGGAUUCGAGUUGUUGAAGAAGUUUAAAAAUACAUUGGGGCUAUAUGAUGCAUGGAUUAAAGCCAUGUUAGAGAUAUUUAACACAGAUUCACUUUAUAGAGAAAAAUUAUCCGAAAGCCAUCUUAUGGAAUAUGCUCUUUCAAAUAUGAUUUUAAUUAAUGCUAUAAUAAGUAUUCCUUCUGAUGUAAAUUAUAGAAUUUAUAUGCGUAACCAGUUUGUUGCGUCUGGAUUGGAAUCCUUUUUAUUACCUAAAUUAAAAGUAUUAGAUUAUACAUUACUAAAUAAGCAAAUUGAGUCUUACAAUGAAGCGGCAGAGAAUGACAUGGAUGAGGCCUUUGGAGAAGACAUAUCACUCUAUUCAGAGCUUUCACAACCUGCUGAUUUAUUUGACCAAGUGAUUGAAAGUAUAUCAGAUUCACCGAAAGGAACUGAAUAUUUCUUGUCAAUGAUGAAGUAUUUAUUAUGGAUUAAAGGUGAUUCAGAAACAAAAUGCCAUUUUUACCACAUGAUAAACAUCAUUAUACAAAAAAUUGUUGAAGAUCAAAGGUCUCACGAUAAUGCAGAUAGUUUCUCAUCUACAUUUGGUAUGGCAGUCGGUACUAUCAUUCAAAAUUUUCAAGACUUGGAGCGACUAAAGAAGAUUGAAAGAGAGGCAAAUGAACUAAGGGAUCAAUAUGAAAAGUUAUCGAGUGAAAGAGAUGAGUUACAGAACGAAGUACAAAAGCUUCGUAUUUUGCCAAAUCAAAUGGAACAUGAAGCACAAAUUCAAAGAAAUACAUAUUUAAAACAGGAAAACGACUCACUUAGAAAUGUCUUAAAGACAUCAAAGGAGACAAUUGCAAUGCUUCAAGAGCGAUUGGCGACUAUUGAAAGUAUGGAAAGAAAAAAUAAUAUCCGUUCAUCUUCUAAAAUAAAUUGGUCUAAUCAUGAAUCAUUUAAUCAUAAAUCAAAUUCUACUUUUAGCAAUUUUGGUGGGCUAUUUUUACCUUUUUUUGGUAAAAGUAAAAAUAAAAAAAAUGAGUCUGCUUCAGAUUCAAUAUUAUCACCACCACCGCCUCCUCCUCCGCCUCCUCCUCCACCACCACCGCCACCACCACCACCUCCUUCUCAGCCAGAUCUUACAAAUCAUACAUCUCCUCCUCCUCCACCACCUCCACCUCCACCUCCAUCACAGCUAUCUUCAGGAUUAUUAAUGCCACCAGGAUCAACCCACUUUACAGUCCCUCUUCGCAAAGAACUUCACUAUUAUCCACAAGUCAAAUUAAAGAAUUUUCAAUGGCAGAAAUUAGACUUCAAUUCAAUAAAAAAGACUAUCUGGUACCAGUCCAAUGAAUGUCAUGAUUCAAUUGAAGAGACUUUAAACAAAAAAGGUGCUUUUGAAAAGAUUGAUACCUUAUUCCCUGCAAAAAUAAAUACCUUUUUAGAAAAGAAGCAAAAGAAAAGGGAGGUACGAAAUGAUUCUAUCAAAUUUCUGACAAAUGAAAAGAAUAAGAAUAUCAAGGUCUUUUUAAUAAAUUUGAUCACUUAUACACCUGGUCCAGAUGAUGACUUGACCUUAAUGCAAAAAUAUUUAGAUGGUCCUGAAGAAGAAUGUCGAAAAUUAGAUCCACCUGAGCAAUUUACUAUUGAAAUGAUGAAAAUCUACAGAUAUGAAACGAGAUUAAAAUUCAUGUUGUUUAGAGCUCAAUUUUGGGAUAAGUUUGACCAACUUCGAAACGGUCUAUCAGUUGUAUUAUCAGCCUCUGAUGCUUUACGUAAUUCAGAAUCAUUCAAAGAACUGUUGAAUAUUAUAUUGUUGUUAGGUAACUAUAUGAACGCUUCCAGUGUCCAGGGAGGCGCAUUUGGUAUGAAAAUUGAUAGUAUAAAUAAGCUUGUAGAUACAAAAGCAUCUGAUUUUUCUCGGUUGAAUCUAUUACAUGUGCUUGUUGGCAUUGUUAGAAGAGAAUUCCCUUCUAUUUUAAAUUUUAUGCAUGAUUUGAAUGAUGUUCCAGAAGCUGCAAGAGUCAUGGCUAGUAUCUCAGAUAUUAUUCAACAAUACACUGAGCUGAGACAAGGUUUAAGGCAACUUGGAACUGAAUUAGACUUAUAUUGGAGAAAAGAAGAAAAUGAUAUUCAAGAAAAUGAUAUUCAAGAAAAUGAUAAUACCACUAAUGGGGUUCAAGAUCGAUUUAUGAAUGUUAUGGAAGAGUACCGAUUAUCUGCUCUAGGCCGAUUUGAAGAACUAGAAGCAUUAUACGUCAAUGUGGAUGCAAAAUGGAAGGAUACAAUGAUAUUUUAUGGAGAAAAUCCACGUACAAGACGACCUGACGAUUUCUUUACUAUUUUUUCGACUUUCAUGUCAAGUUGGAAAAUAUGUGCAAUGGAGGAGAUGGAAUAUAGUCGACAACAAGAAUUAAAAGACAAACGUAAGCAAGAGAUAGAAGAGAAACAACGAAAGAAACAAUUGAAAGCAAGUGAUAGUCAAGAUGAUGAAUCUUUGAUAGAAGAAAAUUCAGGAGAUCAAGAUCGACGUUUAAUGGAUGAUUUAUUGGAGAAAUUGAAAUCUGGAGAGACAGAGCAUAGAAUGAGACAAAGACGUGUUCGACAACGACUGAAACGGUUAAAAAAUGUACAGACAAAUGCCAAAUUAAAUAGAAAUACUUCUACAGGAUCUUCUAUAAAGCUACGUCGUUAUUCAACAGGUGCCUCUUCAACUGCUUCUUCUGGACAUAUACAGGUUAUGUCUGCAGAGGAAUUACUAAAAAACUUACAGCAAGAAGAUGAAGUAUGCUAG